AUGCACACACCCGUUGGUCGAAGACUGUUCACGGAGGAUAUAAUUUCAACUCUACAAGCACGUAUGACAGCCUACGCGCCUCGCGCUGCACCUCGUGCCAAGUCGCUCAGGUAUCCCAACUAUCUCUCUUCGCGUCAAUUCCGGCACCAAAAAUCUUACCUCCCCCCUUCCACACCAAAUACAGGGUUCCCAACGUUGUACUUCCGCGACCCGAAGACCCACCAAUACGAAAUGGUCCCCAAUGGCGGCCUCCUCGUCUACUACCAGAACCGGGGCAAAGGCGACGUUGCGAACGGCGGGUCGGGCCUGAAGGCGUUCCCGCCAGGGUUCAAGAUGAUCAGCGGUGACCCUACGCGUCGGGCGAAGAAGUACACAGAGGGUAUGGGGACGCAGGAAGAACUAGCUGAGCGUGCUAUCACAUAUACGUGCUUGAGGUACACGACAACGAACGAGGACGUGUAUUCUUACGGCUUCCCAUCGACGGACUGCGAAGCAGGGUUCCAAGGCCGCGUUCACAUGCCCUCAUGUUGGGAUGGACAGAACCUUGACUCCCCGGAUCACAAGUCGCACGUCGCAUUCCUCUCAGGCUUAGACAACGGCGAGUGCCCACAGUCGCACCCCGUGUACCUCAUGAAGCUGUUCUACGAAGUCACCUGGGACGUGCACCAUUUUUCCGCGCGGUGGACAGAGUCUGAUGGAUGGCCGUUUGUAUAUUCAACUGGCGACCCCACCGGCUAUUCGUGGCACGGCGACUUCCAGAACGGAUGGGACGUCACUGUGUUGCAGGACGCCAUCGACCAUUGCAACAACGCGAACGACGACACGGCGAACGGCGUCGUUUCGGCGUGUCCCCUCUUCACGAUCAUCGACGCCGCGACAGCCGAUCAGUGCGACCUUGCAGCAUCGGUGAGGGAGAGUGUUGUCAGUAACUCCACGAAACUACCAGGAUGUAAUCCUCUCCAAGCCGGACCUACGGAUGCGACAGGGUACACGGAUGACAACUGUCCUAAUGGGGCCGGCGACGCUGAAACCAAGCCAGUCGCCCGAGGUCAUGGCGGCAAAUGCAGAUUGACGAAGAAGCGGUUCCAAUGGUAG